UUUGUACUGAAUGGAGAGUUGAGGCCGGUUCCGCUCCUGCUGCCUUCUCUUUUAUAUAAGCAGAGUUUGCAUGCUGUAAAUAGCUCAAUAAGCCGGUUACACUUUACGUUUCGUCGCAGUCGUCUCUCUCUCUCUCCUUUGUGGACGCGGCCUGACUCAAAUGCACCUUUAGGCGAUUUUUCCUUUUUUUUUUUUUUUUGGCCCACAACAAAAGCAUCAGGUCCGAGCGCCGCUGCUUCUUCUCCUUCUUCCAGUGGGGGGAUUUUCUUUCUCUCACCCCGCGACCAAAACCGAGCGACAAUGGCAGCUGUGACCAGCCCGGAGACGAGCCCUCAGCCGCGGGUGUAUUUCCAGACGCCGGCCGGCACCACGGAGGAGCCGGAGACUCCGGUUCGGAAACAGGGGCGCGUUACCGUCAAAUACGACCGCAAGGAGCUGAGGAAGAGACUCAACCUGGAGGAGUGGAUUAUCGACCAGCUAACGGACCUCUACGACUGUGAGGAGGAGGCCAUCCCGGAGCUGGAGAUAGACGUGGACGAGCUGCUGGACAUGCCGAGUGACGUCGAGCGGGCCGCCAGGGUCAAGGACUUACUGGUUGACUGUUACAAACCUACUGAGGACUUCAUCUCAGAGCUGCUCGACAAGAUCCGAGGGAUGCAGAAGCUCUCCACGCCUCAGAAGAAAUGAUGGGGUCGCUGCCCUCCUUUCUUCUCCUCCUCCCACUCCAUGCCCCCCCCUUCCACUUAGGCCCUCACCUGUCGUCUUCCUGCCGCUCCCCGCCCUUUUAUUUCAAAGUUUUCUUCCUUUCAAGAUUGUAAAAUGUCAAACCUGAACCUUGUUUCUGCUUCUAGUCAGACCCUCGUCUGUGGUUGCCUGGAUAUUUUUUUUUUGUUUGUUUUGUGUUUUGUUUCUGAUCCGGUAUGUCCUUUCAUUCAAACAGCAAAAAGAAAGAUAAAGAUAAGAAGGAUCGAUCUGAAAGCGAUUCGUCGGCCUUAAUCCAGGCACUCUGUUUCCUCUUUUGGGCCUUUCUUCAGCUCCCCCCUCUUCUUCCUCCCACCCCUCCCUCUGCAGCUCCCUCCAUCUGUCUGAGGAGGAAGAGGAGAGGAGUCUCGUAAUUACAGCCCAGAGUGGGAGGAAGAACAAGAGAGGCAGGGAGAGAGUCUGUGCCAGCCAAAAAAAAAAUAAAAAAUAGAAAAUGAAGUUGGAAGGGUGAGGGAGGAAGCAGCCAAUCAGCUUGAAGCAGGGCCCGACCGUCGCUUGUGUCUCCACAAAUGAGACGACGAGAAUCCAAAAGUUGUUCUUUUAAAACUUGUGAAAGAAGCCAGCUGCUUCCCUGGUUCAGUGUGAGGGCGUGAGGACGUUCACUUCACUUUAGUUUUUUAAUGAAAUACCUUUUUUGAGGGGGGGGUCAGUACACUCUUUACUAAUUAGCUCCCUUAAAUCCCUUAAAUAAGAGGUAUUGCUGCAGUGGUGCUUUUUAAAGACUGUCAUUCUUUUUUUUUUUUUCUUCCUCUUCUUCUGUGUGUCUGUUGGGAAAAAAAAAUCUGCACUAUGUUAUUUUGGAAAGAAAAUCUGGAACCUCUGGCCACUAAAAAGUAACGUUGAGUUUAAGUUUAGUGCGGGGGGGAAGAUCUGAUUCCCGGAAAGAGUCUCCGGUUGGUCGUGGCGGUCGGUGGUGGCCGGACUGCUUUCUGUUUGAAGCUCGGCCCGACGCGGACUCCCCCCUCAGCUGGAUUCGGAGCUUUCCUUUCCCAAAAUGCAUAGUGUGGCGAUGAGAGGCUCUUGAGAAGCCACUGCUGUCCAGCCUGCACAUACCUCUGUGUGUCUGUGUUGCUCAAAGCUACGUGUGUGCGAGUGUGUGUGUGUGUGUGUGUGUGUGUGUGUGUGUGUGUGUGUGUGUGUGUGUGUGUGUGUGUUGCUACAUAAUGUACAGCAACAACUGUUGUAGGAGAGUUUUUUUGGGCCUGUAUAUUCUGCUGUUCUGUACGACAGAUUAGAUUUUUUUUGUUUUUUAGUAUAGGACUGGUUCCUGUUUUUUGGUUUUGUUUGAUUUUUUUUGUUGUUUUUUUUUUUUGUUUUUCUGGAUGCAUUUUGACACACAAACACACACUGACAGUCCAAUAGGGGACCCAGAACAAAGCUGCCUUUUUUUUCCACCACCCCCCCAUCCCCAUCUCGUUUUCACUCCUUUCUAAUACAUGACAUUCAUUUUUUUUUUUCUUUUGUUAUUUUUUGUUCCUUUUGGGAUGUCAGCUCGGAGCGGCUGCAUCUCUGGAGCUCCUCCCUCCGCCCACCGUGUCUGCAGACCCACCAAUAAGACGCUUGAAAGGAAGGGACGCCAUUGUUUCAAACUGAAGCUUUUUAAAUGAAUUCACCCAUUUUUUUUUUCCUCCUCACUCACUCAAACACACACACACACACACACACUGACAGGCCAUACUUUGAGGGUGGAGGAAACGGAACCACUUCAGCAAACACAGCUGCCUCUAACACACUUACACACACACACACACACACACACACACACACACACACAGAAACACACCCAGGCACUGCAGAGAGAAAGAGAGCGUGAGACGGGUUCAUGGAUGUCACAGGAUCUGUGUUCCUCCUCCUCGCCGCGGCUGCCAAUCACCUCCCAGAAUAAGCCAUCUGUUUCUGAUCCUGGGCCAAUCAGAUCAGAGACCGGAGCCUUUCGGGGCGCAGCAGCAGCAGCAGCAGCAUUCGCUCUAAUUUCCUGUGACCAAUUGCGAGCACCUGUGGUGACAGCAGACCUUCACUGUCUGUCUCUUUCUCCUGAAAGCGCCAACACACACACACACACACACACACUUUUGCUGCUCGUUCACUUCUCCCUUGUCAUCUCCUCUCAUCCAUUCUCUCAUUUGUUUUUUUCCUUUUUUUGAAACAGAUGUUGCCUUAGGUAUUAUUUAUGUUACACAAACCAAAUAAACAGGAGACAUUCAUUUUUAAAUAAGUAACGCAAACUGCUGAAGUGGUGUGUGUUACUGAGCGGAACUGCUGCGUGCGGAGAAUCUCGGAUCUUCUGUCGCUCCUUCUUUUUCGAGAAACAAAAUGAGAUUCCGUCAUGUUAUUUUUUAUUAGAAGUGAGUGUUUAAUACUUAGGCCUUGAUACAGUGAUUUUGUUUAGAUAAACAAUGUUCUUUACAUUUACCAUUUGAAUACUGGUCUGUUUUUAUUGUGAUCAUGACACUUCUCGAUGCCGGGCCUUGGAUUACAUGUAGUCGAAUCAAAAUCCAUUCGGAUCUCCUUCUGAUGUGAUUGCUUUUGCCUUUCCUGUUGCGGUUUGUCCAAACGGAGCGCCGUCUGCCGCGUCUUCGGUUGGUCAGAUCGCAGCAGGCAAGUUUAAUCAGCACCUGAAUUUGAGUGGAUUUUCAUUUCUGAAUCCAGGUUUGGGUUAUACCUUCUUAGACUGUUAUUGAGAAGUCUGUUUUUUUACUGUUGGGGAUAAUUGCAAAAAAAUAAAACAAAUAAAAAAAUUAUAUAUAUACUGAUUAUCAUCAUCGAGGCUGAAUACAAGAGCUAAACCAUGCAGAUUGGAGAAAUUGUGGAGGGUUUUUUUGGACAAUGAUUAGAUCAAACCAACAAACAAAUGUAGCAAUACCAACAACAGGUCUUGUUUUUGCCCAGUUUUGUUACACUUUUAUGCAACUUUAAUAAAAAUAUGUAAAAUG